AGACUUGCUUAUGCUGGAGGAAUGUGCGGCAGUAGAUGAGAAGCCAUUACAGGGGAUGGUUGAUGAGCUGUGGGGGGAGCUCAAUAAGCCCGAGGGGGUCCGUGAGUUUACGAUACUGCCAGUGGUGAACGACUACCUCAUAGGAGGUGUUGAUGAGACUGACAGAGGGCUGCUGUGUUCUGAAGGCCAUGUGGCUGUGUCCAUGAAGACCCUUGUUCCUCUCCAUCGGUACUGCCGCGGAGGACUGAUGAGCGAUGAUGCCAAGAUGAGGUUACCCUAUGCUGCCAUAGCAGCUCUCACAUUCCCUGAUUGUUCCGAUGCUUGGUCCUGCCUUGCACCGGCGUGCACAGACGCUGACAGAACUCAGCUGUUGCUAUCAGUCACCCGAUUGAGCCUGCUAGCCCACCCUAAGGCCGGAGGGGACGCCUGGAGUUUCAGGGAGUCUGUCCUCCAUACCAUGCCUGUAGAGCGCUGGGAUAUUCCCUCGGAAGUCGACCUCAUCGAAGCUGUGGCUCUGAAGCACGCUUUUGCCUAUUAUCCUUGGUCCCACUUCGGGUGGCUCAUCCAGCAGCUUCCUCCCCGAGAGUACCCCCAAAUAGAGAGUUUCCUGGGCCGCAUGCUCCGCCAGACCCCUCGGCACAGUGCACCAGGGCACUACACAGCAGAAUAUUUCUCACUGUUGUGUGGGCUUGAUGGUCUGCCCUUGGUAAGGAGGGUAUGGUCGAUGAUGGUAGAUGAGCACAUACGUGAGCACGAGGGAGCGGCAGAGGCCUGUUGUUCGGUGGUCCUUUGGGUGGCGAAGACCUCGAGUGACACGAAUCUUGGCAGUGCGCUAAGAGAGAAGAUGCUUUCAAUUGGGCACUUGGACGAGGCCCCAGCUAGAGUGUUUCGGGAUGCUUUAGAGACACUGGCUUCUCUUACGAUCGAAGACCUGCCUGCAGCGAAGGUUGACUGUCAUCGCGAUGGUAACACAAUAGGGGAGCAGGUCCUUGCCAUGCUUGGAAAGAACUCAGCUGAGCUGAGUGGGCCGGUAUCGUCGGGGAGUUGGGGCUCUCUAGACGUGCGCAGCAUAGCUAUGAUGGACCCUAGGAGAAGGCAGGCGACACUGGCCGGCAUCACUCAGGAAGCUAUUGAUAGAGCUCGAUGGGUACGUGGCCUCUUCCUCUCUGUCGUGCCCCUUCACUGGGUCUAUACUGGUCAGGCUUACUCUGCUGCUGGCCUAGCUUCGUUAUCGCUGUCCAAUCCCGAGGUUCACCGGCUACUAUCGUCGGAGCAUGGCGUCUUCGAUCACCCCGAAAGUAUCCCUCCUCUGGGUCUGCUAGGCGCGGGCGAUGUUACUCAUCCGGAGAAGCUCUGCCCUAUGGUGUGCGGCCCGGACGUUAGUGUUGGUCCUGGGGUGGUCGAGUCGAGAUGCUUCACCAACAGACUGCUUCACUUGGCACUCUCGGGGACUAGGGUGAACGGGACCGAUCGAGUGGGGGAAAUUGACACCUUCUGUGGUGACACUGGGCUGGUGCUGGGAGUCGGCUCCCAUCUCCUUGUCGUUGACCAGACACCUACUGGAGUGCUCUCGGCCCCGGCCGGCCCUCCACCUCCCAUAGCAGAUACUGGCUACCACACGGCAGUGCUCAACUCCCAACCCUGCUGCCUCUCUGGGGAAGCACUAGAGCGGGCAGGCUUGUUUGGGCGGCUGGAGACGGACCGGGAAGAGCUGACCCCUCUACUCUGUGAGAACGUUGCUGCUGCAGUGGGUGAGGACCGGGCUGCGUUCCGGCCCUGCAACGCGCCGUACAUCAGCGAGGACACGGUGCACCUGUUCCCACCAGCGCCUGGCCAGGAGAUGGAGGCUCUGAUGAAGCUGUAUACGGGGAUGGGGCGUCGGGGUGGAGUGCAGACCCCAGGCUAUGAGUCCAAGGGGCUCGAACUGAUGCUGGCUUGUGAUGAGGAGCUGUAUGGGGAAGUGAGCCCUGGUCUGGGGCCCAAGGUGCUUGGCAACGAUGGAGGACUGAGCAUGGAAGGCCGCAUCACAGCAAGUUCUGCUAGUCAUCCCGAGUCGAGGUCUGGGGUACACUCCAACUGGAGGCUGUACACCAUAGACGCUACCGUCCCCAGUGCUGAUGCUGUCAGUGCUGCCCUGGGCGGCGAUAAGGAGCCCUAUAGGCUCAUGCUGUGCCUUGGACCUUCCCAGAGGUACAUGCUAUCUACGAUGGACGUGGCAGAGUCGGGGCUACCCGCGGUGGCUGUGGGCGUCUUCGAGGUUGACCUCCUAGGAAGGAACUUGCCGCCGGGAAAUGCCGCUGAGAAGACCGUCAUGAAUGUGACGGAUUUAUUCAUCAUGACAAUCGUCACCACUGGGACUAUGUCCCAUGUCGAAAGGGUGUGCCUUAAAGAGCUUCUGUUGCGUUCCCUUCGCUCGAUGGUCUCCACUGGGAAGGUCUACUCCCCGAACUCGCAGGAGCUGUUCGAGGUUGGGGACAGUGAUCCUGAUAGUGGGGUGGCCUUCUACCCUCCAAGCGACGAUACGUACCUGUUCCUUGAUGUCCUGCAUGAAGAGGUAGAGAAGAUGAGUGAUGCGGGCAGUGGGCCGGGGAGGGCAUGUAUCCUGGAAGUCGGCCCUGGGAGUGGGGUCCUGUCGGCCUAUCUGGUUCGAGCUAUGGAGUCUGUCGGAGUAACAGCCCACUCAGUAGCGAUUGACGUGAAUCGACGAGCCUGCGAGGCUACGCUGAGAACAGCAAAAGUUGUCGGUGUGGAGGCGAAGGUCCAUGUGGUGCUUGGGGACUUCAAUCAGAGCCCUCGAUGGCUGCGGUACCGACCGGACAUCAUCAUCUGCAACCCUCCAUAUGUUCCGUCACCACCUGAGGAGUGCCGGUCGAAGGGGAUCGAGGCUAGCUGGGCAGGUGGAGUUAAAGGCCGCGAAGUGAUCGAUCGAAUGGUCCCUGUCUUUGCUCGUCUGCUCCAGCAUAGUGAGGAGUCGAUCCGGCCGGUGCUGUACUUCCUCUUGGAGAAGCAGAAUAGGCCUAGUGAAACUAGUGCUAGCGUCGUGCGUCUUGUUGUCAAUCUCGGGGGGUUCCAGAUAGGGGAUCGCUGA